AAACAGUUCGCACCAACUUCAGGGUAAGAGAGGCACUGUCAGUCAGAUCAUCAGUCACUCAGUCAGGUAGGACACUGCUCAGCCAGAAUCCGUUCUCAAAUUGAAAACACUCGGCCCGGAUUGGGAAUCAAACCGAAGACUCAACUACACUCAGGGGUAAUACAAACAGAGACAGGAUGGCUACCACAGUGAGGGCAGCAGUCUGUCUGUGCCUCUGGCUUUUUGCCUGUCAGGUCAGAGGAUCCCACAUCCCAGCAGAGAUGAACAGGACCAUCCAGAGCCUCUUGCAGCACUAUAAAAUUUCAAGCCGGGAAAGAUAUGAUGGGAAACCCGUAUUUCCUAGUGACCAGAACAAAAAAAUUGAGACAAAGUUGAUCUUCAUGGGUGGUGUUUUGGAGUCGUACGAAAAGUUGCUUGGCCACAUGUUGAAACAACUGCCCACUCCGAGUCCCCAGAUCGCCGUGAGCAACGCGCAACCUGGCUCGGCCAUCACCCCUGCGUCCAGCAGCCCCAACAACGCAGGCUUGCUAGCGGGCAGAGAUGUCAGAUCAGAGCUGAAUUACAUCCUGAAGAAGGUCCAGGAGCUAAAGAAACGCCGCUACCAUGAGCAGGAGAAACUUCUGCAGGGAUUGCAGACCCUCAGAGAUAUCAAGAUGAACGACCGCAUCGUCCAGAGCAAAGCACUUUGGCAACUGCCACAGCUGUACGAAGAGGCGAGCUCGCUCCCCGAAAUCAAGAUGCAGAGGAGACGCAGACGGCGGAGGCAAACAAAGGCUAAAGAUCGCACCAGAGCCUAAAAGGCGACCUAAAGGGCAUAAAGAGAAAUAACAGUAAAACAAGGACGCAGGAUGUUUAAAUUAUACA